AUGAUGCAGGUCGUCCGCGGGUACGCAGACAAGGUCGUCAAGGUGCCGCAGAUGGCCGAAUCGAUAUCGGAAGGAACGUUGAAGCAAUUCUCCAAGGGGAUUGGCGAAUACGUCGAACAGGACGAAGAGAUUGCCACGAUCGAAACCGACAAGAUCGACGUCGCAGUCAAUGCCCCGGAGGCCGGAACCAUCAAGGAAUUUCUCGUCAGCGAAGAGGACACCGUCACAGUCGGGCAGGACCUGGUCCGCAUCGAGCUCGGUGGCUCGCCCAGUGCCGGGGGCGAGAAGCCAGAACCGUCUGCACAGAGCGGCGGAAAAAACGAGACCAAACCGGAGCCAGCGCGUGACGAGAAGAAGGCAGAAUCCGACAAGCAGCCUGCACCAGAGCCUAAGCAACCAGAGCAGCCACCGCCCACCAAACCCGAGGCACCGAAACAACCCAAGCAAGAGGCUCAACUCGCUCAACAGCCUGCCACCCCCAGCUCUCCAGCCACCGCUGGUGGUCGUGAGGAGCGUCGAAUCAAGAUGAACCGAAUGCGCCUGCGCAUUGCCGAGCGCCUCAAGCAGUCACAGAACACCGCCGCCUCACUGACCACUUUCAACGAGGUCGACAUGUCUAACAUCAUGGAAUUCCGCAAACUGUACAAGGAUGACGUGCUGAAGAAGACGGGCGUCAAGCUUGGGUUCAUGAGUGCCUUCUCCAAGGCCGCUGUCCUCGCGAUGAGAGACAUUCCCGCCGUGAACGCAUCCAUUGAGGGCCCCAAUGGUGGUGACACUAUUGUGUACCGUGACUACGUCGAUAUUAGCGUUGCGGUUGCCACUGAGAAGGGUCUUGUUACACCUGUGGUCCGCAACGUGGAGUCAAUGGACAUGGUGGGGAUCGAGAAGGCCAUCGCCGACAUGGGGAAGAAGGCGCGCGACGGCAAGCUGACCAUCGAAGACAUGGCGGGUGGCACGUUUACAAUCAGCAACGGUGGUGUCUUCGGCUCCCUUAUGGGCACGCCGAUCAUUAACCUGCCACAGAGUGCCGUCCUUGGACUUCACGCCAUCAAGGACCGCCCUGUUGCCGUCAAUGGCAAGAUUGAGAUUCGUCCCAUGAUGUACCUUGCUUUAACAUACGACCACCGCCUAUUAGAUGGCAGGGAAGCUGUGCAGUUCCUCGUUAAGCUGAAGGAGUAUAUUGAGGACCCCCGUCGAAUGCUACUAUAG